AUGGAUGCUGCUAAUUCUCCGAAGGAUAAGAUGCCCAGGGGUUUCGCAGAGUUCGCUCAGAAUCUAAACGAUACUGGCCGAUCGAUAUUGUUUUCCUGCGGUUAUCCGGCCUACAUUGAUUGGCAGAAUGACUAUUCGGCAAUCGACUGGGAAGCACUGAAACGUAAUUGCAAUAUGUGGCGAUUGACAUCUGAUUUGGAUGAUGAUUGGGAGCGCAUAAGAACUGUGAUCAACUUGUAUGCGGAAAAUGGGGAACAACUGAGAGCCAUCAACGGUCCCGGACAUUGGAAUGAUUUGGAUGUUUUGGCGUUGGGCAAUUUCGCCUUGUCACGUGAUCAAGAACGCGUGCAAAUGGGGCUAUGGUGCAUGUUUUCCGUACCGCUGAUGCUUUCUACAGAUUUGACCUCGAUAAACAGUGAAUCAGCAGCACUGAUAAAAAAUAAGAUUCUGAUUGGAAUCAAUCAAGAUCAGAGCGGAAAUCAGGCAAAAUUUUUAGGUCGUAAAGGGUCGGUUAUGGUGAGUGUGAACAAAUGCUUGUUAUGUGCUUCUGUAGUAAAAACAUGA